UCUCCACCCCAUCGAUCUGCAACAUAGAGCGAAUAAUUCCGGUGCGGAGAGUUAUUAUCGCUCUUGGAGCCCAAUACAUGUGAUAGGAUAUCGCGCUUCUUGGGUUACAGCAUUGGACACACCAUCGUAAAAAUGCGAUUUUAUAGGUUGAUAAGGCUUAUAGCAUUCUGCUAUGUCUCCGACACCGUAGUUGGGUUCGUUAUCAGGUUCUGAUGGCUGUUAUAAGUCUUUAGAGACGGCAAGGACCUUGGUAGUUUCACCUGGGUAACCCAAACUACUGGUAUCUAUUUUGCUCAUCUCUUACGCCACCAUGCAAUAACAUUGAUUGCAUCGCGCUAUCUCAGGGGCUGAGGAGCCCAUUUCGAAGAUGAUGGACUCGGUCCGCGAACGGGUAGAUAGCGCUAGGAAAAGAAUUAAGAGUUGGAAUCGCAAUUCGUGUUUGGUGUUACCCAAACAGCUUACCUCUUUCGCCCCAGAGGAGACAUGGACAAACAUAGACCUAGAUGUUACGCCUGCAGAACGUCGCACUUGGACUACUGUAUCUAUAAUCGGAUACUGGAUAUCUGAUAUUUUAUCGGCACAAAGUUGGCAGAUCGGAGCAUCCGUCCUAGCAAUCGGAUUAACAUGGCGAGAAGCAAUAUGGUGUGUCCCCGUCGGUUCCACCGUAAUGGCCCUCUUCAUCGCCCUCAACGGCGCCCCGGGAGCCUACCUUCGCGUUCCGUUCGCAGUUUGGAUCCGAUCAGCCUUCGGUUUCCACUUCGCCAAGUUCCCCGUAGUAUGUCGAAUGAUCACCGCGCUCUUCUGGCAUGCAAUUCAGACCUAUACAGGUAGUACAGCCUUUGCUGUAAUGAUUUCGGCGAUUUGGCCUGGAUAUUUGAAGAUUCCGAAUAUUCUCCCUAAAAGCGCGGGGAUCACUAGUCGGGGACUUUUGAGUCACCUCCUGUUUUGGAUGAUUCAAUUGCCCUUUUUGACUAUUCACCCUCAUAAAUUGAAGUGGUUUUUCAUUCUCAAGGCGUUUCUCACUAUCACUGCCGCGGUCGGCACGGUUAUCGCGAUGUGCGUGAUAGCUGGAGGUUCAGGCGAUAUAUGGAACCAAAAACCCACCGUAACCGGUUGGAAUCGUUCGUGGUUAAUUAUCGGAACACUAACAGCGCAGACGGGUAGUUGGUCAACGGUCGGCACGAAUAUUUCGGAUUUCACCCGCUAUGUCAAGAAACCCCGGGAUACAUUCUACCAAGCCGUGUUCUUCCCCAUAAUCUGCUCUUUUAUCUCGACCCUCGGUAUUCUCGGCGCUUCAGCAACCAAAGUCAUUUUUGGGGAAUACAUCUGGGAUCCUCUGGUACUAGCCAGUAAAUGGACAUCUCCUGGAGCUCGCGCGGCUGCGUUCUACUGCGGCCUAGCAUGGAUGGUCGCGCAAAUCGGCGUUAACGUAUCCGCAAACGUCAUAUCAGCCAGCAACGACAUGGCCAGUCUAUUCCCCAAAUACAUAAACAUCCGCCGAGGCGCAAUCGUGUGCACCGUACUAGGCGGCUGGGUUAUGAUCCCCUGGAAAAUCGUAACGAGUGCUACCGGCUUACUCAAUUUCAUGUCAGGUCUUGGUGUAUUCCUGGCUCCUAUCAUCGCUAUCUCCAUUGCAGAUUACUGGAUCGUGAAACAGAGACGCGUUGAGGUAUCCGCUCUUUAUGUACCUAAUGGACGGUAUCGUUACACUGCUGGAUGUAACUGGAGGGCUGCUAUCGCUAUGCUUGUCAGUGUUGGGCCGACGAUGCCAAGUCUAGUGAGGAGUGUUAAUCCGGCGGUGGAUAUUGGGGGUAUUUCUUAUAUUGCGGAUUUGGUUUGGUAUUAUGGAUUCUUGGGUGCGUUUUUGACUUAUACGAUUCUGAGUAAGGUCUGGCCAGCUAAGGAGAGCCUCUUAUCACAAUCUGAACUGGAGAUAAUUGAGGACGCGAGAGUCGCUGAAGAAGUCAAGGAAGAGUCAGAUGAAGUUGAUGAAGCGAAUGAAGAAGAAUAGGAAACAGUCCAUUCUGUCGCGGGUUAUUGUUGCCGCGCAUAUUUGAGGUGGACAUUACUAGAUCGCGAUAAUAUUCAGCCCCAUCACAUUAUCACGAGUAUGAAGAAUUAGUUUGGGAUUUUAUGUAUACGAAAAUGCGCCUCGGGCAAAAAUAGUACACGUUCAGGGGCAAUAGUCUAGCCAUAAGCCUCAUGAACAGCUAGCAUUUUCGCUCCGAACGAGUGUAUCCACCAAAACUUGGCAUCUUGGAAACUAUUGACACCGUACUCUACCCUAGUCUCUAAGCGAGAUUUCGGCAAAAUAGGUACUUACUUAGAAGAUAACUUAGGAU